AAUCGUGCAACAUGGAUGACAACGGUGCGUCUAGACCAAACACUUUGCUAAAACAGAAGCUGUUGUUUUGGCAACUGCUUCUGCUGGCGAGUGUAGGGAGUUUUCAGUGCUGUAGUGGCGCGCGGUUUCUCGUCCCGUCUAUAACGUUGAUACGAACACCAAGUCACCACAUGACGCUUACAACCAUAACUCAAGCCCUGGUGCAGCGCGGUCAUGAAGUGACAUUUCUCAUCAUUGAUCACCAGGGAGCUGGUGGUUUCCUGCCAGAUUCCUACACGUCAAAGAUUAUACUUCCGAAUCCCAUGACGGACCAAGAUUUACAGGAGUUCAUUGAUAUCAAGGAUUCUUUGACGGAUUUGAUUAAUAUGACCAAGCUAGAAGCAAUGAGGGACCCACGACCAUGGAAAUUAAAAGAGUAUGGUGAUUUUGGUUGUGGUGUUUUGCUUGAAAAUACAGCUAUUCUUGAGCAACUGCGGCUUGCAAACUUUGAUGAACUUAUAACGUACCCCAUCGCUGAUAUCUGCGACACCCUUCUUGCAGCCUACCUGGAUAUUCCAUUUAUCGUUGUAACAGGGACAAAAAGAGUUCUGGCCUUUCACGAAGGGAUGCUGGGUAUUCCGACCCCAGUUUCCUAUGUGCCUUUCAGUAUAAUAUUCACACCAAAGCUGGGACACCAAAUGACUCUCUUUGAACGCAUCCAGAAUGCACUAAUGUUCUACGGUGCACAUUCUGCAAUUGAAUACUUUACUGUCUAUCGCCAUCUACGUCAUCUUCAACGAACCUAUGGUAUUCGACCAGACCUGACUCCAUGGCAGAUCAUCAGUAAAGCAGACCUUUGGUUGUGCCAUAACACUUGGGCCCUUGAAUAUCCAAGACCUAUAGCUCCGAAUUGGAUCCCUAUUGGAGGACUUACCAUCAAGGAGCCAAGACCCCUCCCGGAGGAUCUAGAAAGAUUUAUUCAAGGAUCUGGAGAUCAUGGGUUCAUUGUAUUUACUUUGGGAUCUUCGAAUAAAGCUCUUGCGAGUGGAGCCCUCAAUGAUGUAAUUUCAAAAGUUUUCAGUGAAUUGCCACAGAGGAUACUGUGGAGAUAUUUUGGGGAAAAGCCCCGUUACCUAGGCAACAACACACUGAUCUCGGAGUGGCUUCCACAAAAUGACCUUUUAGCUCAUCCUAAAGCUCGGUUACUGAUCUACCAUGCGGGUAGUGCGGGGGUCUAUGAAGCCAUGAACUACGGUGUUCCGAUGCUCCUCAUGCCUCUGAUAGGUGAUCAGACUACCAAUGCUUACCAGGUAGCAGCGAAAGGGAUGGGUCUCGUUUUGGACGUGAAUGAUUUAAAUGAAGACGAGUUUCGGACGAGUAUUAACAAGCUUCUUAAUGAUGAAAGCUACAGGAUAAGUGCGCAGCGGGCUUCGUUUAUCAUGCGAGACCAACUCGCCAGCCCUCUGGAAACGGCUGUAUUCUGGAUAGAACACGUGAUCAAGUUUGGUGGAGAUCAUCUUCGUCUUCGUUCUACUGAAAUGGGAUUCAUCGAACUCAACUCCCUCGACGUAGUCGCAUUCCUAGUCGUUUUAUCACUUUUCAUUCUUUACAUUGAUUACUUCGUGCUUAGGGGGUGUUACAGAUGUGUAUGUAGAAAUAUGAAAAAACAAAAGACUGAUUAAUCAAAUUAGACAAUAGUUUGUCUUUUUUUCUUCUAAUUGUCCAGAAUGUAACAGAAAUAAUUUUAUUUUUGAGGUAAUUCGUCCUGUCUGAACAAA